AUGAUCACUGCUCGCGAGAGGGCAAGGGCAGCUCUCGCUACAGCAUCGCAGCUACCCUUUCGACUACUUGACCUCCCAGCUGAGAUCGUAGGCAGCGUCUGCGACCGCCUUGAGGAUGCUGACCUUCUCAAUGUACGUUGCGCAUGUCGCGCACUCAGUGCGCACUCGGCCAACGCGUUCGGCAAGCGGUUCUUCAAUCACCUCAUCGUCUUGCUGCAUCCUACCAGCCUCACGACGCUUCUCGAGAUCUGCCAUCAUACUGUACUAUCCAAGCAUGUCCGCAAAAUCACGGUGAGCGGCGAACGCAUUGGACAGAGCAUACGUGGAAUCGGACAAGAAAAACUCCACAAGGAUCUGCAAGUCAACGUCGAGCGCUCCGGUAUGGACUUUUUGACUCUCACAGAGGCCUUCCGGGAGCUAGAGAAUUUAGAGAUGGUUCAAGUCGAUGUCAUCAGUUUCUAUCAUGUCGAACAAGAGCCAGUCGACGCCGGCAUCAGGUGUGGACUGACCCAUAUCAUCCCGUCAAAGCUUUUCAACCCACCUGGUUCAUGUGAGAGGCACGGAGACAGCGGUAAGAACCGAGUGUACGAUUUGAUUCCGGAGGCUCUCCUGGACGCCGGUGUACAUGACAAAGUCGGCCUGCAGUUUGAGUUCUGGAACACGGAUUAUUCCAACGAAGAUGUGGUCACAUUCUUGGAUCUCGACUGCGAAAUUUGGAAGAGUCAGCUAUCAAGACAAGUCCACUCCGUCAGUGUCUUGGGCCAAGUGGAUCGUGGCUGGCUGUGCCGAUUGCUCAGCGCAACCUCAAGUCUGCGCAAAUUCGAGUUUGGAGCUGACAAUCAUUUCAUGGAACUGUCUUAUCAACCAGUUGGACCUUUCCAUUGGCCUGGAUUUUCACAUCUUCAUCUGGAAGACGUGUUCUUUUCACACACUGACUGGACCAAUUUCCUUCGCACGCACGCCGGUACACUGAGAAGCCUGUCAUGCUCAUCCAUAGGCUUUCCGGAAGGGGAAUGGACCGAACCCUUACAGAUCAUCGAGACGAUGCCUCAGAUUGAGUACCUGUGGCUAGUCAAGUUGCUCGAGAAAGCACCUUAUCCGCAUUCAUCGAUGUCUGUGAGACGCUGGAGCCCAGAAGAUGACGGGGUCUUGCGACUCUUCGACCCAGAAGAGGUCCAACUUGCUCUGAGUGCAAUGCGCAGUCAGCCGAGAACGGUGUUCAUGGGCGCUGGCAUCAGGAGUGAGGCAGGCGAGGUUUAUUCCCAUAGGGUUUCGUUCGAUGUUGGUGAAGCAGCGCUGGCAAGAGACAUCGUCUGUCAAAAUGGUGAAUGGACGUUUGCCGACACAUUUCCGGAAGGUUAA